AUGUGUAAAGGUUGUGUGGUAGAAAGGGGGAUGGAUGAUACGCGCAACGUUAACGGUACGAGAAUUGAAAAAGGUAAAGGUGUGUGUGGUGUGGUGUGGUGUGGUGUGUUCCAGAAUGAGUUGAUCGAUGAAAGGUUAGAAAAAGUUAGGAUGAGAGUUUUGAGUGAACGAAUUGAGAUUUAG